AUGGCUCUCCCCACCACUUACACCCGCGCUGUAUUCACCUCUCCCGGUAGCCCCCUUGCCCUCGAAACAGUCCCUCUCAGCUUGCCCGCCAAAAACGAAAUCCUUGUCAAAGUCCAAGCAUGUGGAGUCUGCUUCUCUGAUCAGAUGGCCCAGCACAAUAUUAUGGGUGGUGGAUUUCCGAUCGUGCCCGGUCAUGAGAUAAUUGGUCAUGUUGCUGCUGUUGGUGAUGGUGUCGAAGGAUGGAAUGUUGGAGAUAGAAUUGGGGGUGCAUGGCAUGGAGGGCAUGAUGGAACGUGCCACGCCUGCAAACAGGGGCUGUUCCAAAUGUGCGACAACCGAACAGUCAAUGGCGAGACUAAAGAUGGCGGUUACGCUGAAUACUGCAAAAUCCGCCAAGAAGCCGCCGUCAAAGUACCCUCUCACAUCGACGCUGCCAAAUACGCACCCAUUCUGUGCGCGGGAACCAGCGUCUUCAACGCAAUGCGAAGAAUGAAUGUACCUGUUGGGUCUACAGUUGCAAUCCAGGGCCUCGGCGGACUCGGUCAUUUGGCUAUUCAAUAUGCAAACAAGUUCGGAUAUCGAGUAGUGGCGCUGUCUCGGGACGACAAGAAGGAAUCGCUAGCGAGAGGACUUGGAGCACACGAGUAUAUUGAUGGAAGCAAAUGGGAUGGCGACUAUGGUGCCGCGUUGCAAAAGCUUGGAGGGGUGAGCCUGAUCGUUACAACGGCGCCUGAUUCUGGGGUGAUGGAUACUUUGCUAAGGGGGUUGGGGUUAUUGGGGAAGUUAUUGAUUCUAUCUGUUCCGGGUGACAUUGUCGUCAACACUGCGACGAUGCUCACAUACGGUCUUUCUAUCCACCACUGGCCGGCGGGUCACGCGCUGGACGUCGAAGAGGCAAUCCAGUUUACGGAAAUUGAAGAAAUCAACUGCAUUGUUGAGAAAUUCCCACUCCAGAAAGUCAACGAUGCAUUCUGUGGGUCUCCUUUAUCCCAAUUCAAGCUCACUGCUGAUUUCUAUUAUGUAGCUGCCAUGGCCAAUGGAACGGUGCGGUUUCGAUCAGUUAUCACAAUGGAAUAG